CCAUGGAAACCGCCGACUGGCGUUCAACCUAGCUAGUUGCUAGUUAGCUAGCAAGGAGCGAGUGGACAUUCCUGUGAACCGUGUUUAUCUAUGUCUGCGGAGAUGAGUCGCACUCCGGAUGCGAGAGUCAGAGAUAACCAGACGAGGAAGAUCCAGGAGAACAUAACCAAAGUGGAGAAACACUUUGGGGAUAUGUGCCAACUGUUUGCUGCCUAUGCACGCAAAACAGCCAGGCUGCGAGACAAAGCAGACCUUCUUGUCCGGGAAAUUGGCUUGUACGCCGACACGGAGACGCCAGACCUAAAGAGGGGGAUGAAGCAGUUUGCAGAGCACCUUGCCAAGAUUCAAGACUACCGCCAAGCGGAGGUGGAAAGACUUGAGGCCAGAGUCAUAGAGCCAUUAAAAAGCUAUGGAGCUGUGGUGAAACGUAAAAGGGAGGAUCUGAAGGCAACACAGAGCGCCCGAGACAGAGAAGCCAAACAGAUGGCUCAACUCGAGAAGACCAGACUUAGAAACCCUUCAGACAGACAAAUCAUUUCUCAGGCUGAAACUGAGCUUCAAAGAGCAACCAUGGAUGCCACACGAACCACCAAGCAGCUGGAGGAAACCAUAGAUGAGUUUGAGCGACAGAAGAUCCAGGACAUAAAGAAAGUCUUUGGUGAAUUUGUGACAGUGGAAAUGUCUUUCCAUGCCAAGGCUCUGGAGAUCUACACCGUGGCAUUCCAAAGUAUCCAAAGUGUGGAUGAGGACGCAGACCUGGAGGUGUUCAGGAAUUGUCUGCACCCCCCUGAUUUCCAGUCCCGCUUAGACAUAGUGCGAGCCAAUUCCAAGACUUCCCUUAAUCACACCGGGUCUUUCCUGAGUACAUCAGGUACCUUACAGCAACAAAGAGCUUCCAGCCGCCAGACGAGAAGAGGGGAGGAGGAGGAUGAAGAAGAGGACGAAGAUGAGUCUGAGGAGGAGGAUGGUGAUGAGGAUGAAGACGAGGACUCAGACGACAAACGCUAACCUCGUUAAACCCUUUGUGCUGGUCAGUGGAGGAAAAAAAGAAUAACAAAAUACAGAUUAACUGUUUUAAAAGCGAAAUUGAGUUUCUUCCAGAUGGACUUGCCCAGGUGGAAAAACGUUUUCAUUGUCAUGUUUUGUAGAAGACACCUUUAUGUUGUGCUGUUUGUUUUUCAGCAAGCCAUUCUUUUGAGCUUUUUUUUUUUAUAUCUCACCUUCUCUAAAUGUAUUUGUAUGAUUGGUCAUGUUCCAGUGAAACGGUACUCUGUCUAAUAAAAGAAUAAAAGUA